GACGAAAUGGGUAUCUGGUCGAGCGCCGGAGACGGAGAGGCGGAGUAGCUGGGGAAAUUGCAGGCCACACGAAUACGACGCUUCUGUCGUAGAAAAUUUUGGUUGAAGACGACAGCGAGACUAUCUGCUAAUCGUGUUCUUGAAACCUUGUUAUGGAGGUGGGCUCAGAUUCAGACCCUAUUGAAGCGGAACUGGACCCAGAACUCGAAUCUGUAGAAGGCGGUAAAGGACCUGCUCAUCACCCUUCCGCUCCAUUUGAUGAGUUAUUUGACAUCUCAACGACGGUUGAUCCUAGCUAUAUUAUCUCUCUCAUACGGAAACUUCUGCCAUCCGAUGCAAGUAACCUGCGCAAUUCUUAUGGAAUUAGAGACGACGACCGUGACGCCUCAGUAACCAACAUGGAUGAAAGUGAUGCCUAUUUAUCUGGCGACCAAGUAUUAAGUUCUUCAGGAACAGUGAAUGAAUGCCAGGGCAUUGAAAUUGCGGAUGGUUCUGACAAACUUGCUGAUCGAGAAGGUGAGGAUGAAGGUGCAUGUCCUAGAUCGGAGCAACGUAUUUCAUCAUCAGAAGAAAAUGUCUGGGAAGAGUAUGGUUGCAUUCUGUGGGAUCUUUCUGCGAGUAAAUCUCAUGCAGAAUUAAUGGUUCAGAACCUCGUUCUUGAAGUUCUUUCUGCGAACCUGAUGGUCUCACAAUCUGUGCGUGUUAUGGAGAUUGUCCUUGGAAUUAUUGGAAACCUGGCCUGCCAUGAAGUUCCCAUGAAACAUAUAGUCGACAAGAGUGGAUUGAUUACAAUCAUUGUGAACCAGCUGUUUCUAGAUGAUGCUCAAUGUUUAUGUGAAGUUUGCAGGUUGUUAGAUGCGGGUCUUCAUAGUAGCGAAUGUGCCAUAUGGGCUGAGGCAUUGAAUUCUGAGCAUGUUCUCUCUCGUAUUCUAUGGGUUUCUGAGAAUACCUUAAAUCCACAACUUAUAGAAAAGAGUGUUGGGUUAUUAUCAACCAUCAUUGAAAGUCAGCAAGAAGUUGUGCAUGUUCUUCUCCCAUGUUUGAUGAAGCUGGGUUUGUCGAGUGCUUUGUUCAACCUUUUUUCUUUUGAGAUGAAAAUAUUAACAAAUGAAAGAUCAGUUGAAAGGUAUUCAAUUUUGGACGCGAUUCUUCGUGCAGUUGAAGCACUCUCUGGAAUUGAAGAGCAUUCUCAAGAAUUUUGUUCAAAUAAAAAACUUUUUCAGCUUGUUUUUGAACUAGUCAAAUUGCCAGAUGCAUUUGAGGUUUCAAGUUCUUGUAUGAGUGCUGUGAUUUUGAUUGCAAAUAUUCUGUCAGAUGUACCUGAUCUAGCCUUUGACAUGAGUCAGGAUUUGUCUUUCCUACAAGGUCUACUUGAUAUAUUCUCUUUUGCUGGGGAUGACCUAGAAGCCCGUGAUGCUGUUUGGAGCAUCAUUGCCAGGAUAUUGGUGCAUGUUGAAGAAAAGGCGAUGAGCAGACCAAGGAUGUUUGAGUACGUGUCGUUACUAGUGAGUAAGACUGAUCUCAUCGAGGAUGAUCUUCUAGACCACCGUAUGACUGAAUUGAAUAAAAAAGAGGAUGGAUUGACCUCUGCCUGCACAAAAUCAAACUCUAGAUGUAUAUCCUUAAGAAGGAUCAUUGCUAUCUUAAAUUGUUGGACUGUUUCAAAGGAUGAAGGGACAGAUGUUAGAGACGAAUAUCGUGCAGAAGAUAUCGAUGUGAAUAGAUUGUUGAGUUGUUGCUGUAAACAUUCUGAAUGGCUGGGAAGUUAGCAGAGAUGGAAAUCUACACUUCAUCACCCAUAGCGUUGCUGUUAACCACUUUCAGUACGUACACUAAAGUGCCUCACCAUUCUGCAUGCAGUCCUGGAUAUUAUUUUGAAUCAUUAUCAACUGAAAGAAAGGUCAAUGCAUAUAUUUACUGAAUGGAUUAUCGUUUGUGGCUGUACUAUGCAAUCAGGGUCAAGUCUGUUUGCUGGAUGAUGUUUUGUUGGUCUCAGGCUCCACAUAGUCCCCAACAACUUCCAAAAUCCUGCAAAAUGUUUGGUUGUAUACUACUUGCCUUAUAAAUGGUUUUAAGAUGGUUUUAGGACCAAAAUUUAGCUGUGAUCGGCUAUAUCUAUAUAAUCACAUAUUAUUCAACGAUCACUACAUUGACACAUCGUGCUCAAUUAUUGCCUGCUUACUUCA